CAUACUUCUUAUUGAAACAUUUUGUUCUUGUGUUGCAAUUACUGGGUCACUUUCAAUGGUAGUCCUUACUCCCAGAAAUGACCCAAAGUUUAUAUCAUAUUGUUCGCUUUUUAUCGCAUGUAUGGAGCAAACCUUUUUAUUUUGCUACUUCGGAGAUCGCUUGACCCAGGAGGCCGGAAAGGUUCGAGAAUCUCUGUACUUUAACAAAUGGCUAGAUUUAGAUAAGUCCUUUAAAAAGUCAAUGCUAAUCGUCAUGACACGUAUGUCGAAACCUAUUAUCAUUACAAUGGGUAGUAUUUCUCCUGUACAGCUUACCACCUUUAUUCAGAUUGUAAGGGCGGCAUAUUCUUUUAUGGCUCUUCUUCGAAAUAACAACGCUGCAAAUAAAUAG